AGCGAGGACCACGCAGAAGGGGCAAACACUAUAAUGAAAUGGACACACAAUGGCUAUAAAAAGACGGUCGCAAUUCUUCUUAUAGUCCCUCACUGGUCUAACAGAAAGCUCUAUUGUCUGUGCACCACAACCACGGCAAUCGCCUGUUUUGAUCUAUUCAACAAAUACGUAUUUGAACUCUCGCAGGGCGAGUUUGUUUAUCGUUAACGUUCAUCCUCUUCCUGCCCUUCCUCGCAUCGCUUCUCUUUCCCGACACCCCUAUACGUUUCGCUCAUCUAUGAUGCUUCGAAGACUUGUCCAACUCCUCCCUGCCCUCGCCAUCUCCACUCUCGUCUCAGCUCAUGGCUUCGUACAACAAGUGACAAUCGACGGCACCGUCUACAAGGGCAAUAACUUGAACGUGGGGACCCCUGCCGCUUCUAUCAUUCGACUUGUCAGCACAAACAGUCCCGUCAAGGGUUCUACAAACCCGGCCACUAACUGUGGGCAAGACGCUCAGUUCGCUUCCCUGGUUGGAAACGCGAACCCUGGCUCCCAGAUCGAGGUUCUAUGGGUCGGCGGCACUGACGGAUCAUCUAAUUGGCCGCAUAACACAGGCCCACUGAUGCACUACAUGGCCAAGUGCGAUGGUUCAUGCUCAACAUACAACUCGACGAACGCCGAGUGGUUCAAGAUAUCUGAACUCGGUCUCGAGGCUGACGGCAGUACCUGGUACCAAGCAAACCUGGAAUCUCGAGCUCCCGUAAACGUGACGAUCCCGAGCACCCUUGCACCCGGAAAUUACCUGCUUCGCUCGGAAAUUAUCUCUCUCCAACUUGCGAUGUCGCAGGGAGGUGCUGAGUUCUACCCUGCGUGCAUUCAACUCCAAAUUGGUGGUGACCAGACUCAGGGCCCGACGUCGAGCGAGGAGUGCACAUUCCCUGGUUGUUACUCUGAUACCGAUCCUGGUAUCCUGACACCAAACAUUUACAACCCACCCAUUCAAUACACAUUCCCCGGCCCUCCUGUCGCAACCUUUGCGAGCACCGGCUCGGGCUCUACUGCCCCUGCGCCUACCUCCAGCGGCUCUGCAUCGGGUUCCUCGGUAGGGACUACAUCGACCUUCUCCAAUGUCCCUUCUUCCACUAUUACUGCCUCCCCAAGUCCAACGGCGACAGGGACAUGCAUGCUUAGUAGCCGUUCCACCAACGAGGAUGCUGUCAAACGAAACAGCAGGAACAAGCGGAUGCUCAAGCGGAGACUCAUCCGUUCGCACUGAAUUAAAUGGCGAGGGUGGGCUUGACGUCCCCCUCCCUCAUGACUAUCAUACAACAAGGCUUGAAGCCUCAUGGCACUGCGUGCCUCAUCACACGACAUCAACGAUUCAGUUAUCCACACCACGUUCUCUUA